AUGGUGAAUUUGAAUACUUCUGGAGUGGUACCUGUAGGUGCUGAUCACAGCUGGAGUAGGUGGGCUGAGACAUCUUUUCUGCGAGUGGACAUGAAGUCUUAUAACCGCAUCCUCGGAAUUUCAACUCUCCCGGAUGGCAGUCAAGCUGUGCAUGUCCAGGCCGGCUGCCUCCUGCGGUCCCUCAUCUCUGCGCUUUCCUACCAUGACCUCUGCAUCCCCUCUGUACCUAUCCUGUUGGACCAAACGAUUGGCGGGAUGAUCUCGACAGGGUCGCAUGGAAGUAGCUUACGAUAUGGCACAACCUCAGAGCUUGUCAAGGGUCUCAAGAUGAUUCUGCCAAACGGUGAACUGAAGACCUUGGGAUGUUGUCAGCCCCAGCAGCAGUCAAGCUCUGAAGCGCUCAGGGACCAGGAGGUGGAUGACGAGAGUCUUUUCAGAGCUGCUAGGAUGAGUCUGGGCCAGCUGGGAAUAAUAACAGAGGUGGUCUUGCGUGUUGAACGUGUCUAUCAUGUGGAGCAGGAAGUGAUUUCUCUCUCCAUAGAAAACUUCUGCGAGUUAGCUUGCGAGGAAGGGAGAGGGCUACAUGCCAGCUACGAGCACGUUUGGGGGCACAUGCGGUUAGGAGGAGGAGAAGUCACUGUGGUCGGAUUGAGGAGGAAGGAGGGAGAAGACGCAAGUCAGCAAGUAGCCAAGGAACCGUGUCAGCCUCAACCUGAUGCGAGAGGAGAUCACCCUGCUGACUCACAAGACUACCCCCUCCCCGACCAAGUUCUCCUCCACCGUCUCGAGUCAGACCAUCUCCCUCGAUUCUGGAAGAGCGACCGGUACCACGGCAAGAAUUGGUUUCCAUUCCCCCCGCCGCAGAAAGUCGCUGGCCAAGAGCAAGAGGAUGACUUCGGGUCGGGGAAGCACCUCUCCUUGCAGUACAACUUUCCGUUGAAUAGGUUGCGAGAGAUCGUGACGACUCUCCUGGAGGCCUCCAUGUUCCGCCAUGACAUGCCAACAAGGGAUUACCUCGGUAGGAUCGUGGAGAUAAAAUUUAUCGGAAAAGAGAAAAACCCUGCGAUGUUGGGAGCGAGCGAAGCGUUAUGCUGCUUCAACAUCUAUUGGAAGAGGUAA